AACAAUUAUUACAUCAUGUUGUUCUUCUUGAUUUCUAACUUAUUAGCACACACUUGUAAUUAUCAUCUCAAUACUUAAAUAGUUGCCUAGAUUGUCUACGAAGAAUUGAGUGAACCCUCAUUGUCCGAACUAUUUCAAACCAAUGUCAAGCAGUGUUCUUUACUAGAUAAAAUUGAUUUCUACUAUAUCGAUCAACAAUAACCCAAUCUGAAUUUUCAAUUUAAAAUUAACGAACCUCAUUUUGCUGUGGAAAUAUAUGUUGAUUUUUACCUUUUAGACUAAUAUACAGAGAAAAAUGUCAAUAUAUACCUGGAUACCAUCCUAAUUGAUUAGUAUUAGAAAGUCUCCAAAUACCCCUCUCCAUUUUGUGAUGAUUCUGUCGACAGUGAAAUUGUGACAUACUCUACAACCUACUCUCAUUUUUAGUAAGAUCUGAAUUUACUAAUUUAAUUGGAAAAUACAACAUAAUUUACCUUAGGAGUAAGAAACAUAUAAAUAGUACCUAAAUUAUGUCAUGAAUCAUGUACUUAAUGUGUAGGCCCUAAAGAAAAUUAGUGUCGGUCUUGUGUAAUUGGAACUUAACUCAAUAGAAAAACUAAUCAAUGUGUUUGCCCGCCUAACCUACCAUAUUUGAGUAUGGUUUAGAAUCAAUGCUUAUCUAAAUGCGAUGUCUCUGAAUAUUAUGACGCAUAAUCUAACAAAUGUGUACUGGAUAAACGUAUGAACAACAUAUUAUAAUAGACAUUGAAUAAAUGCAGCUCUUCUUUUGGAAUACCUAUGAUUAUACAGGGUGGACAAUAAUGGAAAAUGAAAUCACAACAGAAUUACAAAGCAAAACCUACUCUGGUGUUGUCGGAUUAUUUUCUGUAGAUUAAAUUAUUAGUUACUAAUUCAAUAACACAAAUCCAUUCAAUUCCAUUAGAGUAAGAGCAGAUAUUUACAUAUUUUAAUCACUUAUAGAACCUGAGAUUUACAUUCAAGUGGAUAAGGUAAAAACUAAUGUUAAGCCACUCCAUAAUCAAACAAUCACAGGAUAGAAGGGAUACAAAUUAUUUCAUAUUGAUUAUCUAAUUGAUGCCAACGCAAAUUCAAGCAUUUAAUUUUCAUUAAAAGGAGAUCCAAAUACAAAAUGGGGCAUUAGCUAAGUUGUGUUUAACGAAUAAAAUUGCCAACCAUAAUGUUAAGAAUGUUCAACUAAAUCUACAUGCUAAUCAUGUAAAUCAGGCUUUUUGUUAUAUUUGGGACAAUGUGUUGAGUCUUGUCCUAAAUAUUCAUCAAUUUAUAAUGAAAAUACUUGCACAGAUGUCAAAGAAAAUUAUCCUAAUACCGAUGUAAUUAUGAGAGCCUUUGAUGACAAUAUAAUUGCUAAUUUCUUAUUAAAAAAUGUUACAACUCUAGCUUCGGUUUAGUAAAGUUAUUUUGGAACAUUUUAUAAUGGAGUUAGAUAUUUUGGAGGCUUAUAGUAAGAACUUGCUUAGCUCUAUUAGAAGUAAUUCUAUUCUUUGCCACCUCAUUAUUAAGUCAUAGUUUAAUUCAAUAUACUAACAUUUGAAUUAAAUACAAGUGUAUCUUUACCACCCAAUUCCCUAGAAUUGAUUUUAGAUAACUCUACUAUAUUGUUUAUCAAUUCAUAAUAAAAUUAAGUGCAAUAAAUUAGCAAAUAAAUUGCCCAUUCUUCAAAUAACCUACAAUUAUCUUUACUUUCAUAUAGCUAAAACUACUCCAUUUUCAGUUUUGGAAUAUCUAAUGUAAAUGUAAUGAUUUCAAGAUGCUAUCCAUUAUGCAAAUCAUGUUUUGGUCCAAAUGAAUCUGAUUGCAAAGAAUGGCUCUACGAUUAGAACUCUAAUGAUUUCAAGAAAUGUAAAAAUGGAUUUAUUUUUGACAUUCAAAAAUAAAAAUGCGUUUUAUGUCCUCUAGGUUGUUAGAAAUGUUCUGAUCAACAAACUUGUAACGAAUGUGAACCCAAUUUUAUUAAAUAAGGAAAUAGUUGCUAUUGUUAGAGUGGCCGUAUAGACGAUUUUACCUUAGAGUGUCUAGGUAAUUAUUACAUUUAUAUUUUAAGCCUACGCAUGA